AUGUCUUCUCGGCUGUCCUGCUAUCUCUGCACCAAGCUGAAGCCGCUCGUUCAAGAUGUCACGUCCGCCAUCUCCGAGUUGGACGAGACCAUUCAAUCGUUCUGCGGAAGUUCUGGCUCCAUUGGCAGGGUGAGUAGUCUCGGGUGCCUUUCCAUGCUUGCGCGUCUGCUCGAUACCAGAAUUCUCACUUGGGAUACAGGGCACCAGCGCUUUCAGUGAAGGUGACAGCCCGACCAGGGCGAUCCAGUGGAUUCUCGAGCGACUGCACUAUGCCAAACACGAUCUCCAGCAGGCCGCUCGACGCAACCGGGAGAGCUACCAGUACCAGCCACACCAAAGCCAGAUCUCGGGGGCAUCGCCGCAACAGACAUCACCACGUAAUCCUCUGAAGCGAUCUGCGGAGCCAUGGGACAGGGACGACUUUCAUGGCCUCAAACGGCCCCGAUCAGGCGCUUCAUCCGCACAGCCUUUUCAACUACCAACCCUCACAACGCAUGGGAUCGCCCGAGAAUACAUCGAUUCCAGUAUUCGAGACCUUGGUCCACGCGCUUCUCCUGCGCCCUCCGAAUCCGUACCGGGCUCAGCGCACCCUCGACAGACGUCGCCAACGCCUACAAGUCGCCUGAACACCAGAGCCUUGCCGUCUCCAUCCUCUUUGGCGUAUUCGCUCUCUGCGGCACCCUCUCUAGCACCAGUCACGGGUCAGAACAUUGCCUCACCGGCAUUAUCGUACCGGCAGGCCCCGUCGGUGGAUACCGCGUCGACCAAUUCGGCAACGUCUGCACAUAUUGCUGACCUCCAGCAUCAGAUCACGUUGAAGUCGUUGGCGCUGCAGACUCUGCAGACAGAAUACUCCUCCUUGCUGCAAAAGCUUCAACGCGAGAGGGUGAAGGGUCAAGCCAUGGAGAAGAAGACGAGCGUCGCCGAUCAGGAGGUCAACGACCUGACCACGAAGAACGAAGAGCUUACCGAACAGGUCAAAUCGUUGGAGGCCCAGCUAGAGGAAUGCGAGGGCAAACGAGAAGCAGCGCGUGUAGAAUCAUCCAGAGAGAAGGAUCAAUGGGGCCGAAUGCUCGAGAUGGGCGGUCGGCUGCAAGCGAAGAUCGACGGCGAACGCCAAAAGCUGCUUGAAGAAAAGGCCGCUCUCCAGCAGCGUCUCUUCCGUCUGGAAGGUCUCAAGGGGAAUCAGCAAGCUGAUGAUCUGGAUUCUACGGAAAGAGGUCAGACGGUGAUGCCAAACUCGAGCAAAAGUGACCAAUCCAAAUCGACAGGCACGAUUCAUGCCGAAUCAACCGCGCAAGUAAACAGCGAGAUCCAGCACAACCAAGUCGCCGGUCUUCGACAUCAGGUGGCCUCGCUGAACAGGAGAAUCGAUACUUUACGUCUGGCUCUAGAAGGCGCAAAGCGCCAGAACGCAGAGAUUGGGCAGCAGGCGCAUGGCUUGCUCGAGCGGAGCACCACUUUCAGCAACACGAUCGAGCAGGCUAUCCAAGAGGACGAUGUGCAAGCCGAGCAAACGAAUCUGUCCCCCCAGAGGAAGACCAACACUUGCUCUACUCCCGUUCGUAUGCAAAUGCGGUGCGACCCACCCGAACCUCCGCACAUGCCGUCAGCCACCUCGCUCUCUCCACAGACGUUCAGAUCGAAGUCAGGGUCGCGCACCAGCACCCUAGAGGUAUACAGGGACGGCAAGGUGAAAACGGCAAUCGUCGCAGACGUCGCUCGGGCAGCGUCGCCGGCACCAGAAGAGCUCGGCAUUCAUGUAACACCUUCGACCUCUACACCGGAGGAGCUGAUCAGGGCUCUUGGACCAGUACCAGCCCCACUCCCCUCGCUGCAAUUCCAAGCACGAGGCAAUUAUUGGGGCUUUCCCUCGACGGGUCAAUCUGCCAAUGGAGCGCGCGAGUUACGAGAUAUGCCGCGUCUGCCGGCAGUGCGCGUAAGUCAGACAUCGGACCACGAUACAUCCCCGCGGUCAUAUCACAGCUCGCCGGGAGAGUUGGUAGAAGACCGAUCGUCGAAUGCGAGCUCUGCGAAUCGAUCACCGGAAGCCUACGUAAGCGAUUCAGAGGGUAAAGGCAGCGGGACACGACCGAAGUCGAAGCAGACUUUCAGCCGAUUCCCUCCUCUACACCUGGAAACCACGAGAAGUCAAGAAGCUGGAACUCAUCGGUACCACGGCAGCCAUUACACAUGGGUGCCGGCAAUGCCACCGCCUCCACGCCCGGGACCUACCAGCUCGUUCACGCCAUGA